UGCCUCUCCAUUUGAGUGCGGUCUGGCUGAGGCACCGUACCGGCCGCUGUCGUGCCCCAACUUCAAAAUGGAGUCCAAAAUGUGCGGUCCCUUUUUCCUAGUGUUGACCCUUUUGAUCCGUUUCAGUGCGCCGGCCUUCGUGCCUGAAAUCCCGCUUGUGAAGUCCGCGAAUCCAAAUGUGCAAAAGAACUCCAACAUGACCAUCUACCGGCUCCCGAAGAACGUGGAACCUUUGGAGUACACGCUCAAACUGAACACGGACUUGACGGACUUCACGUUUAAAGGCAAUGAGGAGCUCAGGAUCACCGUUAUCGUGCCUACGUCGAACAUAGUGUUGAACAGCAGGGGUCUCGAGAUCUCUAAGGUCACCGUCAAGAACCAGAAGGGUUUCGACAUUUUCUCCAACUUCACUAUGGACCCGGACAAUGAGCAGAUGUCAAUCUACUGUCCGGAGCUGACCAUGAAGAGACAGUACACGGUGAUCAUUGACUUCUCGGGGAAGCUCAGCGAUGACAUGCACGGAUACUACCGGAGUUGGUACACCGUUAAAGACACCAAAAAAUGGCUUGCAAUCACACAAUUCGAGUCCACUUAUGCAAGGAGAGCUUUCCCAUGCUUCGACGAGCCUGGAUUCAAAACUCCGUACACCAUCCACCUUGCCGUUAGCCAGGGUCAAACUGCACUCUCAAAUAUGCCAGAAGAGUCGAGAUCAAAUCCAGAUGCAUCGAUCGGAAACAAGGUAUGGGUGAGGUUCCGGAAGAGCGAGCCGAUGCCGACGUACCUGGUGGCUUUCUCGGUGUCCGAGAUGAAGGUCUACUCGAAGGACAACCAGCGGGUGCGCGUGUGGAGUCGGGAGGACGCCGUUGACGACACCCACUACAUCCAGGAGGUCGGCGAGCGGCUUCUCACGGCCCUCGAGCAGUACCUCAACGUCAAGUACAAGCUCCCCAAGCUCGACAUCGUCGCCGUACCCGACUUCAGCGCCGGGGCCAUGGAGAACUAUGGACUUACAACCUACAGAGAAAAACUGGUGGAACUUGUGGACGGAGUGAGUACUAGGAAAGAACUCGAGUACGCGGCGACUGUCGUCGCGCACGAGUUUUCUCACCAGUGGUUCGGCGACAUGGUCACUCCGGCCUGGUGGGAUUACCUCUGGCUCAACGAGUCCUUUGCGCGCUUUUUUCAGUACUUCAUCGCCGCAAUGGUUGAAAGUAACUGGCGAAUGGGAGACAUUUUUGUAGUCGAACAAGUUCAUACUGCUCUGAUGGCCGACUUCCAUACACACCCGAUCACAGCUUCGGUUCAAUCGCCGGAGGAAAUUAGUGAAAUUUUCGACAGCAUAACUUACAAUAAGGGUGGCGCAGUUCUGAGGAUGUUGGAACACUUCAUAACCCCAGCAGCUUUCCAAGCUACUCUUACAACUUACCUCGACUCUACUUAUACGGAUGGUGGGGUGACGGACGCAGGUACCUUUUUUGACAGCGUGACUGACACGAUGAACACGGUUACAAAUCAAAAUUGGCAAAGUAAAAUAAGCGCUUUCAAAAGCUCUUGGAUCGACCAAUCAGGAUACCCAGUUGUGACUGUGACAAGAGACUAUGACAAGAAAACCGCCACUGUUACGCAGGAGCCAUUCUUCCUUGAGAAACAAGAAACACCCAGCGACAAGAAAUGGCUAAUUCCGUUGACUUACACGACCUCUAAUGAGAAGAACUUCACUCUGGAGGAGGCUAAUAGGAAGAUGGUACUUUUCAACCCAACUGAGAAGACGGCAAAUAUCGAUGUCCAGUCUGCCAGAUGGCUGGUCGUUAAUGUCCAAGAGAUCGGAUUCUACAGAGUGAACUACGACGAACACAACUGGAAAGAAUUGAUCACCGCUCUACAGACGAAUCCAUCUGACAUUCACGUGUUGAACAGAGCUCAGUUGAUCGACGAUGCCUUCAACCUGGCCAGAGCGGGUAUCAUUCAAUAUUCGGUCCCAAUGACUUUGUCCAAAUAUCUAGCCAAAGAGUCUGAUCCGGUGCCUUUCCUCGCUGCAUUCCCUAACUUCCGCUACCUGCUCACACGAUUCAACGGGCAGCUGGCCGAUGCUUUUAAGAAACACUUUGCGAGUUUGGUGAAGAGCAAAUACGAAAGCUUGGCCGCAAAAUCAAACAAGGACCACGUGGAAAAGACAGGUUUAAUCACAAUGUCACAAUGGGCUUGCUACUUAAACGUCGAUUCAUGCGUAAACAAAGCUAAGGAGGAAAUGAGUAAAUUGAUCCAGAAUCCUGAUUACAAGAUUGAACCAGAAAUCAAGGAAUCGGUGCUAUGCACGAGUCUACGAUUAGGAGGCGAAACUGAGUGGAACGCAGUUUGGAACCACUACUUGAAAACUAAUGUAGCUACCGAAAAAGUUCUCACGCUUACUUCACUGCCUUGCUCCACUUACUCUAAAGCACUGGAAACCUUGGUCAAUGAAAUGAUAACCGGCCAGAAUAUACGAACGCAAGAUUAUGUUUACACUGUGAGGAGCAUAGCCAGCCAAGAGCAUCAUAUACUCUCCGCACUAACGAUGCUCCGAACGAAUUACGCCAAUAUAAUUUCUGGUGUGAAGAAGGAUGAACUGCUCAAAAUGUUCGUCAAGCAGUUGCAGAAUUCAAUCUGGAACCCAACUCAGCUAGCAGAGUUGAGAAAACUGGCCCUCGAUGAGAACACAGAGCACAGCCAUGCUCACAUGGUAAAUCAUACGAUAGAACACGUUACUAAGAAUUUGGAAUGGACUGAGAAGAACUUAGCAUCACUGCAGAAGUGGUUCAAAGACGAAGAGGACAACCCAACGCCCGACAAUGACUCAACAACUAAAAACCCAGAUGAACCUACAAAGGCCCCUCCUUCGUCAGCAACACAACCUUUGGCCACGCUUAUCGGAUGCAGUUUGGCCUUUUUUGUUCUUUACCGUAGGCUCGAAUCUUUUCCACUGUAAAUACGCUGUACCUAAAAUUUUAAUUAGAACCUAAAAAUUUUGUGAUUAGACUUACUCUUGCGCCUAAGUUACCUUGCUGACACAGUCCAACAUAAUUUGCUUUCUCCAACACCAAUUUUUUUUUCGUACGAUGAGCAAAGCAGAUAAAAGAGUAUGUCCGUGUAAAGAAAAGGGUGAUAAAACCUGUGCAUAAUAAAUUGCAAUAGUUGGUGAUUAUUUUUUCUUUCAAAUAAGGAGCUUUAAAAUAAAAACCAAUAUAUGAAACACCACUGAAAAAUGAACAUACUGACUGCUGACUGCUGGAGUCGAAAAAUACGAAACCCCAUUGGAUCAUUCAUUAAUCUCUGUUUAAAUUUUUAUUUUUUAAACAAAAAGAAACUAAUAUUCCAUUUCAAGAACCGCUUUUCUCCUUUGAAACUUGAACAACGUUAGGGCAGACAGCAAUAUUGAAUUCAAUGUUUGAUGUUGCUGAGUGAGAAUAAAAGAAACUUUGUUGUGAUAUGAUCAGAACUUAUGAUACCGUCCGUUUUUUCGUAACUCAAUUAAAUUAGUCGCAUAUUUUAAGCGUAACAAUUGGCAAAACAGUAUUAUAAGAAGUAAGGGUAAACCGUGCCAUACAUCAUAAAAUUAGGUACUUAUUACACAAGUCCUGCCACCUUCCCUUAAAAAAUUGACCAGAUACGAUUAUGAAAUUUACUUACUUCCUUACAUACUUACCUAAUCAUUCAGCAGAAAAACAACUAUGUAAAUUACUCUUCCUUUGGUGGAAAUAAAAUACUAAUAGUCUGCUUCAGAAGCACUGUAUUUAAACUAAAAUAUUGUCGUUUGUAAUAUAUACAAAGAUCCUGUAAUAUUGAUUUUCCUAGACAUAUUUUUUUACUUGUUAAUUAAUUAAUAAAUAAAUGUUCUCCUUUCCAAGA